CCGUAGUGACGGAGAGAGUGCGACUCCAAGUGAUGGUGCCAUCGAUCUGACAUUGGCUAGGCAGCUAUGGCCUUUGACGGCCCUUGAUUUACUCGAUAAUUUACGUUUGUUGGCGAAAUGAGAGGGGCACUUUUCGUCUUCUCUUUUAUAUUGAAGCCUACCGCUUUCUCGCCGCAGUUGCUUUUGUUCGCUGAGUUCCACGCUGUGCCUCCAUCAUGCCUGUGAAGUGUGAGGUUUGCAGCCAGGACUACGACACGCCCAUUGCUCUGUCGCUCCACAUAGGCGUUCAUCAUGCCGUGGGCGACAGGCCGUUCAAGUGCAUCGUGUGCCCUAAGACGUACAAAUCCAAACCGGGCCUUGAAGUUCACUACCGCCUCCACACGGGCGAACGGAAGUUUAAGUGUGACGUGUGCAACAUGACGUUUAUGGAAGCUGUCGUUCUGAAGAGGCACAUGAUGGUUCACACUGGGGAGAGGCCGUACGAGUGCUGCAUGUGCGACAAGAAGUUUACAAACUCCGGGAAUCUAAGAAGCCAUGUGUCAUCAGUCCAUGUAGAGAUUGAGAAACCAUUUGAAUGUACAGUGUGCAACAUGCGGUCAACAAGUGAGCAUUUUCUUCAGGAACAUAUUGCAAUAGUUCACAAUAAUGAGAAGUCUUUCGAGUGCACCGUGUGCCACAAGAGGUUUGGUCGUCCGACUGCGCUUUCAGCGCAUAUGCGGUAUCAUACGGGAGAAAGGCCGUACAAGUGCUCCUUCUGCCCGAAAGAGUUUCCCGACAGUCGUGAUAAGAUAAAGCAUGAGCGCUCACAUACCGGAGAGAGGCCUUACGAGUGCACGGUCUGCCAUAAGAGGUUUACGCAGGUUGGUGCUCUGAAGAUGCAUUUGCUAAUUCACACGGGGGAAAGGCCAUUUAAAUGCCACAUGUGCCCCAGGUCGUUCACACAAAAAUCUGUCAUGCAGGAACAUGUUCGCACGCACACUGGAGAGAAGCCGUUUGAGUGUACCGUGUGCAAAAUGAGGUUUGCUCGGAAUUUCACCCUAAGAUGUCAUCUCAUGUUCAUCCAUACCGGGCACAAACCAGUCUCGUGUCCCUCGUGUUCAGAGUCAUUUGUCACCAACAGUAAUAUGAGAAACCAUUAUCGAGCUCACCAUUCAAAAGUGAAGCCCUACGAGUGCACCCUGUGCCACAAGAAGUUCUUGUAUUCUUGCGACCUGAAAAAUCACAUCAGAAGAAUGCACACGCAGCUGUUUAAGUGCACUGAGUGCCUCAAGCAGUUUUCCAAAGCGGAGAAUCUGAUGUCCCAUUUGUAUAGCCACCUAGGACAAUGAUGGUUAAAAUCUAGUCUUUAAUGUAAUUGUCACUGAACAAGUCCUGGAUAGACAUAUUUUUUUAAAAUUAUAAAUGUCCCUUCGCUGGCCUUCCUUGUUCAUGCAUGAUUAAUUUUUUUGUUUUUGCAGUAGCUACGUAUGUGAUCUCUUAUUUGUUUUUGUAACGAACUCAUUUCUUGCUAUCUACUUCUUCUUUUCGUUUUGAUUGAGAGUACUCUGCAGUUGCGUUGCUGACGAACAACGCCCCCGGGCUUAUGUUUGCAUUUACUUUGAAAUGAACUGACGCGUCUCUCUA